AAAAAAGAGAGAGAAAACGAAAGAGAGUCACAUGAGGAAGAAAACCUCACCUUAAAUGGCAGCUAAGUUACAAUAGACAAUAACGCUCAAAAACAUUGUAGAAGUAGGCUACACAACACCUAUUUGUUGGAAGACAUUUUGCAUCGUGUUAAGAAGUGACACGCAAACAUUUUUUUCAGAGAUUAUCCAUAACACCUGGAUUCAUUAAUUCAGAGAAUGCUCAAGCUUGCAUAUCUGCUGUCAUGCUUGACGGUCGUCAAUGCAGGUUCUCACUCACUGAUGGCUUUGGCAACAUAUAUAGUUGGACAGACACCAUUUCCUGAGUUCAGUGUUGUGCUGAUGUUGGAUGAUCUGCAAAUACUGUAUUAUGACUCUGUCACAUGGAAAGCUGUCUAUCGCUCUCACAGUACUGAUUCACAGUUCAAUAAUGAAGUGCAAAGUGAUGCUGAUGUUGUAUUUAACGCCAUGUACAAUAGCAUGAAAACUCGUGAUUUUUAUGUUAAAAAACACUUAAAUCACACAGACGGUGUACAUGUCCAUCAGAGACUUGUUGGAUGUGAACUGUUGAAUGAUGAUAAACCAGGUCCACUUCAUUUCUGGGAUGCCUUUGAUAGACAAAAUAUGGAGGAGUUCACAUAUGACCAGGGAAAAAACGAUAUACAGAUCAAAAAGCCAUGGAUGAUACCGUGGGACCAAGUGAAACAGCUUCAUAUAAAGUUUCUAUUUAAAAAUGUUUAUCAUCCUAUUUGCAUUAAAGUUUUGCGAAGGUACCUGAAUAUGGAAAAGAACAAUGUGAUGAGAAAAGUGAAACCCAGAGUCAGAAUCCUUAAGAAGAAACUCCCAGACUCUCAAGGGCUUCAGAUCAGUUGUCUGGCCACUGGUUUUUACCCCCGUCACAUUAACCUGACUCUGUUCAGAGAUGAUCAGCCUGUGGAUGAUGAUCAGAUCACAGGAGGAGAGAUUCUUCCCAACGGAGACGGAACUUACCGGAUGAGGAAGAGUUUGGUGAUCAGCGCAGAAGAACAACGUGAAAGACACAAAUACAACUGUACAAUGAAACGGCUCAAUCUGGACAACAAACUGGACAUUACAUUUGUUUCAGAUGUGGCUGAAUCUGACCCAGGAUCCUUCACUCUGUCUGUAGUUAUCAGUGUGCUGGUGUUAAUGUGUGUGGCUGUUUUCAUCAUAACUGCUCUCAUCAUAUGGAGGAAGAAGAGAUGUGCUGCUGGACGAGUCUCUGAGAUGUCACAGUGUAAAUACUUCCCUACUCCAUCUUCAAGAUGAGGUCAAGGCAAUACAUCAUGCAAAACUUUGUAGAUGCUAUUUGGGUUAUGCUAUGAUAAUAACUUCUACAAUGCUGGGACAGAGAUGGGUCUUGCGCAUGUUGCCCACUUGAGACCCACCUAGUAAGUGCAAUCCUGUAUGAAAUCCAUGCGAUUAUGGAACCCACGGACUAUGUAGGGCCAAGUUUUUCAGCCCAUUACAGUUUUUUUCAGUUGCUAACAAGAAUUGUUCAAUACCGAAACCACAUUUUCAAAACUCUUCACACAGUCAGCAAAACAGAAGUCAAUGAAGACCAAACUGUGAACCAUUUUUCAUUGCUUUCAGACAAAAUGCAUUCAGUGACCACACUUUUCAAAAUUCAGGAACUCUUUUCCCAUUCGUACUCCACAACAUGCAAAAUACUAUGUAUUUUCAGCACAUUUUUCUAAUGCUAACACACUGCAUUCAAAAUGAUUAAAAAUACAUUCAGAACAGAAUGAUGGCAAAUUCCAAGCAUUUAUGCAGUAAUUAUUUUAAAAUAUUCUCAAUUUUAUAGCCAAAAAUUAAAAAAAUAAUCAUUACAAGCUAAUUGCAAUUUUAGCUGAAAUUCCACCCACUCCAAUGCAAGAGAGAGAGCAGACGAGAACCAUCACUGUAAUUUACUAUAAUGAACAACUACACAUGUUGUUACAGUAAUGUGUAGAAUGUAUUUUAUUUAUUCUUUUUUUAUUAUCAUUGCAGCCCUGGAGUUUUUUCCCUCUUUUUUCACCUUUUGGUUAUAAUUUUCAAGUACUAUAUUCAUAUAAAAAAAUGAAAUUUUUAUUAAUUUCUGAUUCAUUCGUGUUACAAAUGCUUUCAAUAAAAUUGUGUUACAGUAUUCUAUAUGAAGAACUGAUUUAUGUGGAAAAUCAUUGAAACUUUAAAAAAGAAAAGUUCAUCAAUUAUGUAAUGCUUCCUGUUGUUAGUGUUUUUUAGGUCAGUGUGUUGUGAAUGAAAUGUGUGUUUUCUGAAUUGUUGCCAGUGUUAUGUUGGUCUGAGUGAGUUUUGUAGGUGAGAUUAACUGUUUGGCCAACAUUCAUGCUGGUAAUGCAGACUGUGUGAAGAGUUUUGAAAAUGUGGUUUCGGUAUUGAACAAUGCUUGUUAGCAACUGAAAAAAACUGUAAUUUCAUAUUCAUAUGUGCCCCACGUACACAUGUUGGCUGGGGAACUGGAUUCAAUAUUUUGAAUGCUUCGAUCCACAAUCUGACUUUUGACUUGUGAUGCAGCCUGAAUCAUAAUAACACCGUGUUCGUUCACUGGCCAGAGGAGGACUGGUCCCCUGGCUGAGCCUGGCUUCUCCCAAUGUUUUUCUCCAUUCCUGUCACCUGAAGGAGUUUGUGUUCCUUUCCAUUGUGACCUCUGACUUGCUUAGUUGGGGACAAUAAAUAUUCAGCAAUAUUACUGAUUUGACUGCACUGACACUAUUGGAUGAGAACUUGAACAAAAGUGAAUCGACAAUGAACUGAUUUCAACUAACUGUUUGUGACUGUUCAAAUGACUGUUAACUAUUGUCAUUUUAGAGCUACUUUACUGCAGAGUUGAAUUCUGUUUUUGUUAUUGAAUAUUUUUUCAAACAGUUGGCCUAGGGUACUUUCUGUUCUUCUGCUCCUCUUUGUCAUUUUUAUCAUUAAAUGUGUCCAGAAACAGGCAGGAAGAACUCGGGAAGUAACACUGACCUGCAUAGCUGAUCAUACCUUUCCAUUCUUUAGUUUGUGGAGGUAAUGCAUUUAUUACAUUGACAGACUUUACACAUUAUGAACAACAAUUCAGUCAACAGAAUGGAAAGGAGUAAGAAAAAAAAAUCACAAAGAAUAAGCAGCACACCAGAAAUAUGAUAAUAUAGCGAGGAUAUGUCUGGGAGAAUAAAGCUCAGGUUUAUAAUAA